AUGUCGGCGGCAACUUCGUCCUCGGCCGCGAAGCCCAAGGAGGUUUCGGCCUUCCCUGAUGGCACCAGCGACUACGUUCCCGUCCGUGCCUCCAAGGCUUACGACACCAAGAAGCCUCAUAUUUCUACCCAGCCCAUCACCUGGGGUAACUGGUACCAGCACGUCAACUGGUUGAACACCACCUUCAUUCUGGUCAUCCCCUUGGUCGGCCUCAUCUACUCCUACUGGGUCCCUCUCCAGUGGAAGACCGCCGCCUUCGCCGUCAUCUACUACUUCAACACCGGUCUUGGAAUUACUGCUGGAUACCAUCGCCUGUGGGCUCACCGCUCCUAUAAGGCCAGCCUGCCCCUGAGAAUCUACCUUGCCGCCGUCGGCGCUGGUGCUGUUGAGGGUUCCAUCCGUUGGUGGUCUCACGGCCACCGUGCUCACCACCGCUACACCGAUACCGACAAGGACCCCUACUCCGUUCGCAAGGGUCUCCUCUACAGCCACAUCGGCUGGAUGGUUAUGAAGCAGGACCCCAAGCGCAUGGGCCGUACCGACAUCUCCGAUCUCAACGAGGACCCCGUUGUCAUGUUCCAGCACAUCCACUUCAUCAAGUGUGUCAUCGGCAUGGGUGUCGUUUUCCCUACCCUCGUCUGCGGUCUCGGCUGGGGUGACUGGAUGGGCGGCUACAUCUACGGUGGCAUUCUCCGCAUCUUCUUCGUCCAGCAGGCUACCUUCUGCGUCAACUCCCUGGCCCACUGGCUCGGUGACCAGCCCUUCGACGACCGCAACUCACCGCGUGACCACGUCAUCACUGCCCUCGUCACUCUCGGUGAGGGAUACCACAACUUCCACCACGAGUUCCCCUCCGACUACCGCAACGCUAUCCAGUGGUGGCAGUACGACCCCACCAAGUGGAGCAUCUGGAUGUGGAAGCAGCUCGGCCUCGCCUCCGACCUGAAGCAAUUCCGCCAGAACGAGAUUGAGAAGGGCCGUGUCCAGCAGCUGCAGAAGAAGCUCGACCAGAAGCGCGCCAAGCUCGACUGGGGUGUUCCCCUGGAGCAGCUGCCCGUCAUCGACUGGGACGACUUCGUUGCUCAGGCCAAGGGCGGACGCGGACUCGUUGCUAUUGCUGGUGUCAUCCACGACGUUACCGACUUCAUCAAGGACCACCCCGGUGGCAAGGCUCUCAUCUCUUCCGCCAUUGGCAAGGAUGCCACUGCCACCUUCAACGGCGGUGUCUACCUCCACUCCAACGCCGCUCACAACCUGCUCUCCACCAUGCGUGUCGGUGUCCUGCGUGGUGGCUGCGAGGUUGAGAUCUGGAAGCGCGCUCAGUUCGAGAACAAGGACAUGACCUAUGUUACCGACUCGAACGGUCAACGUAUCACCCGCGCUGGCGACCAGGUCACCAAGGUCCAGCCCCCUGUUGCCAGCGCUGACGCUGCAUGA